UAGUUAGCUUAGCGUCGUUCAGUCUGGGCUUUAAACAGCAUAGGCAGCUUUGUCGGCAAACCAGGACCUGAGACAAGGCUCUUUGGCUCUGCGUAGCAGUUACUUCCUAACUUAAGUCGCUGUGGUGUAUCAGCUACUUAAGAUACCUGCAAUGGCGGACAAGGAAGCUGGUGCAUUUGAUGAUACAGUGGAGGAGAGGGUGAUAAAUGAGGAGUACAAGAUCUGGAAGAAGAACACCCCCUUCCUCUACGACCUGGUAAUGACCCAUGCUUUAGAGUGGCCCAGCCUCACUGCUCAGUGGCUGCCUGAUGUCUCCAGGCCAGAGGGGAAGGAUUACAGUGUGCACCGGCUGGUGUUGGGCACUCACACAUCUGAUGAACAGAAUCACCUGGUUAUUGCCAGUGUCCAGCUGCCCAAUGAUGAUGCCCAGUUUGACGCCUCACAGUAUGACAGUGAAAAAGGAGAGUUUGGAGGCUUUGGCUCAGUAAGUGGCAAGAUUGAGAUAGAAAUCAAGAUCAACCAUGAAGGAGAGGUUAAUCGUGCCCGAUACAUGCCACAGAAUCCCUGCAUCAUCGCCACUAAGACCCCCACGUCAGAUGUACUUGUGUUUGACUACACCAAGCAUCCCUCCAAACCAGCAGACGCUUCUGGAGAGUGCCGCCCCGAUCUGCGUCUCAGAGGUCAUCAGAAAGAGGGCUACGGUCUCUCCUGGAAUUCAAAUCUGUCUGGCUCUCUGCUUAGUGCGUCCGACGACCACACGAUCUGUCUGUGGGACAUAAGUGCUGCGCCAAAGGAAGGGAAGAUAAUUGAUGCGAAGACGAUCUUCACGGGUCAUACUGCUGUGGUGGAAGACGUCUCUUGGCACUUGCUCCAUGAGUCACUCUUUGGAUCUGUAGCGGAUGACCAGAAGCUCAUGAUCUGGGACACUCGUUCAAACAACACCUCCAAGCCCAGCCAUGCAGUAGAUGCCCACACUGCAGAGGUCAACUGUUUGUCAUUUAACCCUUACAGCGAGUUCAUUCUCGCCUCUGGCUCUGCAGACAAGACUGUGGCUCUUUGGGACUUGAGAAACCUGAAACUGAAGCUGCAUUCCUUUGAGUCACACAAGGAUGAGAUCUUCCAGGUUCAGUGGUCACCUCAUAAUGAGACCAUAUUGGCAUCCAGUGGAACAGACCGUCGCCUCAAUGUCUGGGAUCUCAGUAAAAUUGGAGAGGAGCAGUCCCCAGAAGACACAGAGGACGGCCCGCCUGAGCUACUGUUUAUCCAUGGAGGUCACACAGCCAAGAUCUCUGACUUCUCCUGGAACCCCAACGAGCCCUGGAUCAUCUGCUCUGUGUCUGAAGACAACAUUAUGCAAGUCUGGCAAAUGGCUGAGAACAUCUACAAUGAUGAAGAUCCUGAGGGUGCAACAGACCCUGAAGCCACAGUGUAAUCCGUCUGCCUGCUUCGUGUCUUAACCCACAACCUCAUCACAAACUGCCACCUCAGAAGUUCCAUGCAGCUACUUCUUCCCAUCCUGCUCUACUUUACCAGUGGGACACUGUAAGUCGCAAAUCACUGAUAAUACAGGAAACAUGGAAAUCAUGUUCAGGUACAGUCCUGGUCUGGUUUGGAAUAUUCUAAGUGAAGACCCCCUCUCCUUUUACUCAAUAAUUUAUUGUCUCAAGAAUUUCAGCCAUGUUUUUUGCACCUCAUAUAAAAAAAAAGGUAUAUUUUUGUAAUGAAAUUGGCAUUCCCUUGUACACUGAACCGUUUUAGCCAGUGCUUUUUCAAAAACAGAUAAUAUGCUUUUCUACUAUGUAAAGAGGUGAUUACACUGACAGCCCAAGACAAAGGCCUAUUCACAGUAACCUGUUGUGAAAAAAUGUACAGUUCCCUCCACGCAUGUAGUGAGCGUCGUAGAAAUUGUCAUCUUCUUUGUAAAAUCCAGUCCAACCUUUUGACGUAAUGGUUCAGUUUGAUCACCACCAAAUUGUUCUGAAUACUGAUUUCCACACCAGCUGUUUCUCAUAGAAAAUAGAACUUCCGAGUGAAUCUGUGCUUGAAUUGUCCACUUGUGGUCCGACGUCCACUAACCUUUAACCAUACAUCGCUCAUUUAAAUUAAUAAAAUAAAGUAGUAAUCAUUUUUUGUCACUGUGAAAUGCAUUUUUGUGUUCAAGAGUUUGCAAUUGUACAGUUAAAUUGUGAGUGCAUUCUUAAUAAAAAUGACUUUCAUCAGUCUUUGAAAUUAUGUCAGCCCUUCUGUUAAUAGUACCAGUGUCUUGCUAAGCUUGGAAGUAUUUUUAAACAAACUAAACAGUCCUUUUAGUCAAACAGUUGGUUAUGCCUCAUCACACUUUGCUCAGACCUUUUCAUGUGCCUGGUGUGACUUCUCGGUGUUCUCCUGUCUCCUGAGCUUACUCUCACCCUAUUACUCUGCGUCCCACUAUUUAGUUCUUCAGCCGCGUUGCCCAUAUAAGUACACGAACCCCUCUCUGCUCUUCAGAGUCAGACGUUAACUCAUCAGUCGCACUCAGAUUACAAGAAGCACAAAGCCUUUAUUCAUAACAAAAACC